AGAAAUUACAAAAUCGCUUUAAAUUUAGUUUUAGUUGGCGAUUUGAAUCGUCUGGUCGAGAAAAGUGAUCUCGUCGCCGAAGCGUUUUUACCAUUGUCAUCGUGCACGUUUGCCGUAGUCGUUGUUGUCCGUUUGCCGUUCGUUUUCAUCUCGUCGUCGUAGUCAUUCGUAGAGUCGGCAAUAGUUUGUUUUGUGUUUUUUUUAUUCGGACAGACAAUAAUAACUUAAUAACGAUUAUUAAUAAACAGAAUCAAAAUCUCUCGCGCGCGAACAAAAAAAAAUUGAUUAUAAUAUUAGCGGCACAAAUAUUUUAAGUUUCAAAUUUUUAAAUAUAUACGGACGAAAGUAAAAAAAAAAAUAAAUAAAUAGUAUAAACGAACGGGAAAAAACCCUGAAAAACGAAAAGAAAGAUACAUAGUUUAAAGACGAAUAACCGUUAAAAAAAUAUAAACCAACAAAAACCCAAAUGGGUUGCGAUUUGGAUUUAUAAAAAAAAAUAUUGAGUUAAAUUUAAAACACAGUUUGAAAAACACCAUCGAACGAACACGAACGAGAGAAGGAAAAAAAGCACAUCGCGCGCGCGGGUAUCGACGAAAAAUUUCAAGAGUAGGAAGGUGAUUGGAAUAAAAAAGACAGACAUCAGCACAUCGUCGACGAUUUUUGCAACAGCAUCUUCAAGGAGAAAAACGCAAAAACCGUUGAUUAUUGAUCAUUCUUCUCGAGUCAUCUAGAGAUAGAGUCUCGCGUGCACACACAUCUCCUCCUCACAAUGAAGAAAUAGCAAAUUUCGAUCUACACAACGAAUAGAAUACUUUUUUUUAUUGGGAUAAUAAGGACUGCACCCGAUCGAUUCGUAAUUUUUUUUUUUUUUUUUUGAAUAAUUUACCGUUUUUUUUGUUCAUUGUUUAUUAUUUCUGUGCACAAAAAAAACCAAUUGAAAUUUUUGGUUUUGUUUUUCUUUGUUGGAACCAAAAAAAAGAAAUAAAAAUAAAAAAAACAACGAGACAAGAAAAAAGAAAUUCAGUCAAUUUACAUUCAUUUACGACGACCACCUCAUCACAUUUGCAUCAUCGACAAUGUUGCAUUCAAUGAAGUUGAUUUGUGCAGUUGUUUUGUUAUGUAAAACGGUGUCAGCUGCACGUGAUUAUUAUGGUGCAUCUUUGGGCCCAUUGAGUCAAUUGCAUCACGGUGUGUCCGGUGAUGUAUAUGCCGUCGACUCUCGAACCCUGUUCAUCAAGAACUUCAACUAUGAUGGCGAAGGACCAGCCGCCUAUUUCUAUGUUGGCAACACGAAGAGAUUACAAAACCAAGGUGCACAUCGACUACGUGAUGAACGUGGCAACUCGGGUGUACUGCGACGCUAUCGCAAUAAAGACAUAACACUUUCAUUGCCAGAGGGAAAAACAUUGCGUGACAUUAAAUGGUUCUCGGUAUGGUGUGAUGAAUUCUCGGUUAACUUCGGCGACAUUUCAAUUCCGAAGAAUUUUGACUUUCCCCGACCAUACAAACUGGCACCGUUGAAAGGUGUGCAUGGUGUUUCAUCGGACAAUAUCGUCGUUGUUGAUGCUCAAACGAUCCUCAUUCCAAACUUUAGCUAUGACGGUGAAGCACCAGAUGCCAAAUUUUGGGUUGGACGUGGUGAUAAGCCUACACCAAAUGGACUUCGUAUCCCCGAUGAAAAUGGUCGCAUCACGCCAUUGCAACGUUACGAACGGAAAACCAUCGUGUUGACAUUGCCUGGCGAUUUGACCAUUUUCGAUAUUGGACACUUUGGUGUGUGGUGCGAAGCGUUUACCGUUGAUUUUGGCCACGUGAAAAUUCCACAAAGCAUUAACGUACCGCCGUCACUGAAAAUGCUGGGCGUUUCUCCACAGUCCAAGCUUAAUUGCGAAGUGCUUUACGAUGACCUUGCAUUUGAGGUUAGAUGGGCUGUUGCCGGCGAAAGUAUCGUAAUCCAACUUGUAGCCAAAUUAGAUGAUGGAGAAUACAUGUCGUUUGGUCUUUCGCCCGAUCGAUCGAAAACGUUCAUGGUUGGCGCCGAUGUUGCAGUCGCUUGGAUCGAUAAAAACACUGGUAAAGGCUAUGCCGAAGAUUAUUUCCUUGAUGCUAAAUCACAAUGCAGCGGUAGCCGAGGCAGUUGCCCAGAUACCAGACUUGGAGACAAAACGAACUCGAUUCGGGUUUUGAAUGCCGCAACGGUUAAUGGUUAUUCGAUCGUAACAUAUCAACGCCCACUGAAAGCGACCGAUGAAUUCGAUUUGCCAAUCAUUGGAAACUCAUCGCAAGCAAUUGCAUGGGCUAUUGGACCAUUGAAUCAACGGCUUGAAGUGUCGUUCCAUAGUUUAUUCUCAAAACAAACGAAAUUGAUACAAUUCGGCCGGGAACCGUCGUGGAAUUGCCCAUUGUCGGAAAAUGACAUGCGAAUGAUUGAUGCCGGAGAUGAGAAUGAAGAAAUUUAUGAACCACCAACACAACAAUCCAACCACCAACAUCAUUCGCAAGUCUAUACUCCACAGCAGAACAACUAUGAUGAAUACGAUAAUAUUCAAUCGAACGAUAGACGAGGAUCACAAUCCAAUCCAUCACGAACACCACCAGCCCCAGCUCGAGUUCCACCUGUGACAAGAAACAAGUUCUGGGAAAUUCCACCAAUUCAAUGUCACGAACCUGAUGAUGGUGUCUUCUACGCUCAGUUGGGACCCACUGGCGGUAAACAAGGAUACCCUGCAAUCACAGGUCACGUUGGUUGGGGUAUAAGUUGGUACAUAAACGGUUUGUUGAUCCCAGAGAUCAAUGUAAUUCGAGGCAAAACAUACACAUUCGUUGUCGAAGGUGGUCAUGAUCCAGACGUUCCAGCCAAAUACCAUCCAUUCUAUAUCACUGAUGAUCCAGUCGGUGGCUACGAAUACAAGAGCGACGAAGAAAAAGCGCGUGUUCGAAUCUAUGCUGGCGUGAAACGUAACCGAUUCGGUAUAUUGGCACCAACUGGUACUGGACGAUUGUGUAACUGGACACCAGAUCCAGAUGGUCCAGCUGCCGAUGAAUACUCAUCAUUUGGAGCCUACCAACGAAGCCUUUCACUGAAAUGCGACGAAGGUGAACCGGGCGUCAUCACAUGGCAGCCCGAUGAAAAUACACCCGACACCGUUUACUAUCAAUGCUUCACCCAUCGACAUUUGGGCUGGAAAAUUAACGUACUCGACUCGUGCGAUAGCAACAGUGGCCAAUCGACUCGUAUCGAGGAAAUCUAUGUGCAGCCCGACCAGCCCGAAUCAUUGUUACCCGCUCAAUCAAUUCGUCAUGAGACAAAAGUUAAAGCCCAAGACAUUUAUUUGCUUCAGAAUGAACGAACAAUUGAUCAAGCGCAACCGCAUUUGAAUAGCAACAAUUUGGAGAAUCGAAAUGAUAAGAGUAAUUAUGAAUUCACGAAAAUGAUUGCCAAUGGCAUUUUGGCCGCUGAAGCAUUGGAAAAAAGCUUGAUUAACAAAACCGCCGAAGGAGAUCCGAUCAAAAAUCAUUUCGGUGAACCAAUUGGACAGGCAGUUGAACCGAUACCUAUGUUCCUAACACCGCCAAGAACUUUUUCGGAGAGACCGUUUCGACCGGAACCGUAUCGCCCCGAACCAUUCCACCGUGAACAUCGGAUUCCAUUGCGUGAACGAAACUAUUCAAGCCCAUACAUUAUACCAAAUCAUCAAAAUCACCCAAAUCAUGGCAAUAAUCGAUUCAAAAAUUUCAAUCAGCCAAUUCGAAAGGUGGUUAACGAGCGACAAAAAGUCACCAGAAUUUCAAUGCCACCCAUUCGACGGGAUUACAUUGCGAAUAUAAAACCAAUACCACAAUUUCCGGUGCAGAAUCAGCCAUGGUCAUUGCAGAAGCAUAUUGUUGCAAUGCGAGGAUCGCCACCCAAUUUUCCGAAAUCAAAAUUUAGUGGACCGAUCAAAAUAAGCAAAAAAGAGUUUGCGCCGCCAGCGAAGAAUGUCGGUUUUCAACCUGAUUCGGUCGUUGUCGAGGGUGGAUUCACACCGAUAAUGCGGCGUCAGUUCACGAGAGGUGAUGCCGAAAAUGAUGAACCAACUCAAAAUCCAUUUGAAGCCGAUGAUUAUCCGGAGCAACAGCAACGACGAAGCGACAAAACGGAUUUGAGUGACGAUGACUCCAGUACAGAGGAUGAGGGUGAGGGCGAGAAUAAAGGUGAAGGCUCUGAACUUCUUAUCAAAACAUUUGAACCUAUGUUCAUUCCAUCACCGUUGGAUAGCACAAAUGUUAUGAUGAAAUCGCCGACGAAACGGUUGUCCGGUGAUUUGCAGUACAUGGAAGUGGAAGACGGUGAAGAUAAAGUGGCAUUGGCUGGAGAGCGACACGCUUAUUACUUGCCGCCCGAUGAACCGGGCAAGGAUGGUAAAUUGAAGUCAACAAAACUGUAUCCGGCUGGGACUGUUGUCACCUACGAUGGUCGAGCUGUUGUCGACCGUGCCCUAAUCGAUUCAGAGCCCGAUUUCCCAACACCAGCACGAUCGGGCAGUUUAAUGGCAAGCAUUAGGAGCACCGAACAACUGAUCCAUCUGCCACAGUUCGGUCCAUUCCGAGGGGAAAUACCACCAUUGACACCGGAACUCAUGAAACCAAACAUUGUACGCACUCAAAAUCGACCGAAAUAAAUCAGGUUUUCAAUGUAUUUCAGUUACAUUUAUUCAUAAGUUGAAAAAAAAAAUCUACGGAUAGCAUUUAUCUCUCUAUCUCUCUCGCUUUUGCGCAUGCAUUCGUGUGGCACACAUAAAGUGAAUCUAGUGUAAUAUGGAUCUGACGUUUAAAUUUAUACAUAGCUGUUAAAAAAGCAAAAUGAAAUUACUUUUAGAACCAUACUUAAGCCCGUUUCAGAAUAAACGAUCGAAGUGCAUUAGUUUCGGAACAAACGAAAGGGAAAAAAACGUAUCAAAAGGAAUGAAAUAUAUAAUACACAGGCAAUUGUACAUAGUUCGAUUCUUUUGUCAAUUUCCCUCUCACUCAAUAUCCCUCUGCUGUUUCUCAGCUGUUUUCUCGGCUUACACCUUGAAUGCUAAUUAUUGUAAGUUGAUGAAUCUUCUCGUGAUAGUCUAAGCCAUAGCGUGUAUAUUGAAAUUUCAAACAAUCCCAUUUACUCAUUAAAUUUCCCUUAUUCGACCUCUAGAUAUAUAUGCUACUUCGAAAAGCAAUAUUUGACACAUUUGACUUCCAAAAUCGAUAGACCAUGAGAGGUUUUAUGGUUCUUUUUGAUUCAUAAAUAAAACAAUAAAACAUUGA